GCUGCCAGGAUGUGGUUGACUGACGAUGACAAGAGCCACGUGAAGGCAGUUUGGGGUGAGAUCCAGUCCCACGCCAGGGACAUCGGUGCCGAGCCCAUCACCAGGAGGUUUGCAGCACACCCCACCACUAAGACCUACUUUGUGCACAUCGAUGUGAGCCCUGGCUCCGGCGACAUCAAGGCGUAUGGCAAGAAGGUCACGGCGGCCAUCGGCGAGGCUGUGGCGCACAUCGACAACAUCGCCGGUGCCCUCAACAAGCUCAGCAACCUGCACACCCAGAAGCUGCACGUGGACCCCAUCAACUUCGCGCUGCUGGGCCACUGCAUCCUGGUGGCCAUUGCUGCCAACCACCCGGGGCUCCUAAAGGCCAGCACCCCCGUCUCCAUGGACAAGUUCCUGGGCCGCAUCAGCGCCGUGCUGCUAGGCCCCAAGAAGCCCAAGCCCGCUGCAGAGGAGCCGCCUCGAUGCCGCCCCGCAACCCCGCAACACCACAAUAAACCUGCUCUUGACUCUUCAAAAAAUAAAUAA